GUUCUAACAAAUAUUAAUUCUUUCAGACUAUAUAUAAGCAGCAAAAUGGGGAAUAUGUUUGCAAAUUUAUUUAAAGGCCUAUUUGGCAAAAAGGAGAUGAGAAUACUGAUGGUGGGCUUGGAUGCUGCUGGUAAAACCACAAUUCUUUACAAACUUAAAUUAGGUGAAAUUGUUACUACAAUACCCACUAUUGGAUUUAAUGUGGAGACUGUAGAAUACAAAAACAUCAGUUUCACUGUAUGGGAUGUUGGCGGUCAAGACAAAAUUAGACCACUGUGGAGGCAUUAUUUCCAGAAUACACAGGGUCUCAUCUUCGUUGUAGACAGUAAUGACAGAGAGCGUAUCGGAGAGGCACGCGAGGAACUUAUGCGAAUGUUAAGUGAAGAUGAACUACGAGAUGCUGUACUUUUGAUUUUCGCAAACAAACAGGAUCUGCCAAACGCAAUGAAUGCAGCUGAGAUAACAGACAAGCUGGGCUUGCACUCGUUGCGCAACCGCAACUGGUACAUCCAGGCGACGUGCGCCACCUCCGGCGACGGGCUCUACGAGGGGCUCGACUGGCUCUCCAACCAACUCAAGAACGCCAACCGCUAACCGCCUGUGCGAUACCUACACGCAGCAAAUAUGGUUACUGAAAGAGACUAUGGUUUAAGAUAAUAUGUUAACUUUAUUUGCUAUUAAAUACAAUGUAUUAUGUGCGGAAUCAUAAAUGUAUUACCGAUGCGUCAACCGGCGACCGAGCUCGCAUCGCAUUCUCUACAAACCACUCGCAACAGAAGUCGAACACUGCACGCCCUCUGCUCCAGUGGGACUUGGCGCCGUUAACAUAGUUUAUGUUCUCAGUAGGUGUUUCUGCGUUAUGCUGUACUUAGUGAAAUGCUGUUAGGGUCCACAUUUGAGGUGCGUUGUUUGUUCGAUCUCCGAUGACGUUGAACAAAACAAACAUAGUGUGUAAAUUUAUCGCAAAAUUACAAUUUUGUUUAUAAUUAUCAACAAACUAAUGGAAGAAACGGUGUACACUUAUUGAGUGAUCGCGCAUUGUGAUGUGGAUAGGUAUGUAGCUGACACGUGAUAAAGUGAAUCACAGCAUAACAUGUUUUAUAUGUAUACUAUAAUGUGGAAUAAGUUGUCGUAAUAAAGUAUUUAAAGUUAAUUAACUUUCUAUGACUUUAAUUUGUUAGAAGUACGCCUGUGACCUAUGAAUUGCAAUUAGGCCAGCUGCGAGUGGUGGUAUUCUUAUAGGUAGGAUGAAGUCAGCAGAGUGCGCGAGGACCGCUGCCGUCGACACGUCGGCCGCAGCCUAUUCACAUCGCUCUGUGACUUUGAAUUAAUUUAUUUUAAGUUCUACAGUUUGACCAACAUUUAUUAUUAUCCAUAUUCCACUAAGAAGUUGAAUGACUUAUAUGUAUGAGGAUUAUUGAUGAAGUUUAUUUUUAUGGAAGUUAACUAGGUAGAGUAAGCUGUUAUGUAUUUUACAUUCAACACCGUUCAUUUAGAUGGUUCCCAUUCAUUAAACGGUUCGUUGUAACGGACUUGCAUUUACCGUCAACUUCUCAUGGUGAACCGAGAUUAACUUGUAAUUUAGGUAUGUAAUAAUAUUUACUAGAUAAACACAGUGUUGUUUUGAGAAGUGUUUCCACUUGCAGGGAAACAGUACUCAGAACUCUCAUUGGUACUUUGCUCUUACACAAUUAAUUGUAACUUAGCAUUUUUAUAAUAAUUUAGAAGAAAUUGUUAAAAUACAUUUCAAGUAUACCAUUAUGUGGCAAAAUGUGGUGGAUAGAGAUUUUUUUUUUAUUUUCGAAAACAAGAAUUAAUAAUGGAAAUGCGAUAUGUGACAUUCCGGUUGUCUUAAUGCUGUAUUAUGGAAUAAAAUAUCCUCACCAAUA